CCGCGCCGGGCGGAGCCGGGGCCCUGGCCUCAGCCGGACUGGGAGUCCGAGGCGGCGAUCGCCGAACAGGCGGCAGCCGGGGUCCGGGCUCGCUCCGAGGGCGCGGCGAGGCGGAGGGGGCGGGCACCGGGCGGAGCCGGAGCCGGAGUCGCGGUGCCUGGAGGAGAUCGGGCCGCGCGCUGCGAGCACAAAGUAGCGGAGAGGCCGCGCGGCGCGGGCCAGGGCCCGAGCGCAGUCCCCGGACGCAGGAGGCCGGAGCGCAGUCGCGGCCUGAGCGGCGGGAGCGCAUCCGGGACCCGCCGCAGGGACCCCCAGACCGGCCGCUCCCGGGCCAUGCGCGCCGCUCGCUGAGACCCGGAGAGGCCGCGAUGGAGGCGCCAGCGGGAGAGUCAUCGGCGCGGGGCUACUGCCCCCCGCCUGCUCCCGCGCCCGCCACGGAAAGGAAGAAGAGCCACCGCGCGCCAUCGCCAGCCCGGCCCAAGGACGUGGCCGGCUGGUCUCUGGCCAAGGGCCGCCGCGGCACAGGCCCGGGCGCCGCUGCAGCCUGUGGCGCCGCGUCCUCGGCGAGGCCGGACAAGAAGGGGCGCACGGUGACGCCUGGAGCCCGGGGCGCGGGGCCGCGGGUGGCCGGGGUGCGCACGGGGGUCCGCGCCAAGGGCCGCCCUCGUCCGGGUACCGGGCCGCGCCCGCCGCCGCCGCCGCCCAGCCUCACCGACAGCAGCUCAGAGGUGUCGGACUGCGCGUCGGAGGAGGCGCGCCUGCUGGGCCUGGAGCUGGCGCUGAGCAGCGACGCCGAGUCUGCGGCGGGUGGCCCGGCGGGGACCCGCACCGGGCAGCCGCCCCAACCCGCACCGUCGGGGCAGCAGCCUCCGCGGCCGCCCGCCUCCCCGGAUGAGCCGUCGGGGGCAGCAUCGUCGGUGGGCAGCAGCCGCCUGCCACUCAGCGCCUCGCUCGCCUUCUCCGACCUCACCGAGGAGAUGCUGGACUGCGGGCCCGGCGGCUUGGUGCGGGAGCUGGAAGAGCUGCGUUCCGAGAACGACUAUCUCAAGGAUGAGAUUGAGGAGCUGCGGGCUGAGAUGCUGGAGAUGCGGGAUGUCUACAUGGAGGAAGAUGUGUACCAGCUACAGGAGCUCCGGCAGCAGCUGGACCAAGCCAGCAAGACCUGUCGCAUCCUGCAGUACCGACUGCGUAAAGCCGAGCGCCGCAGCCUCCGUGCGGCCCAGACAGGCCAGGUGGAUGGUGAGCUCAUCCGUGGUCUGGAGCAGGAUGUCAAGGUCUCUAAGGACAUCUCCAUGCGGCUUCAUAAGGAGCUGGAGGUGGUGGAGAAGAAGCGCAUGAGGCUGGAGGAGGAGAACGAGGGGCUUCGGCAGAGGCUCAUCGAGACGGAGCUGGCCAAGCAGGUGCUACAGACGGAGCUGGAUCGUCCCAGAGAGCAUUCCUUGAAGAAAAGAGGAACCCGAUCUCUGGGGAAGACAGACAAGAAGCCCACUGCACAGGAGGACAGCGCAGACCUGAAAUGCCAGCUGCAUUUUGCAAAGGAGGAGUCCGCUCUCAUGUGCAAGAAGCUCACCAAGCUAGCCAAGGAGAACGACAGCAUGAAGGAGGAGCUGCUCAAGUACCGCUCCUUGUAUGGGGAUCUGGACGCAGCCCUGUCCGCGGAGGAGCUGGCGGAUGCUCCGCACUCCCGCGAGACAGAGCUGAAGGUGCACCUGAAGCUGGUGGAGGAGGAGGCCAACUUGCUGAGUCGGCGCAUCGUGGAGCUGGAGGUGGAGAACCGGGGCCUCCGGGCCGAGAUGGACGACAUGAAGGACCACGGGGGUGGCGGGGGCCCUGAGGCCCGGUUGGCCUUCUCUGCUCUGGGUGGUGAAUGCGGGGAGAGCCUGGCUGAGUUGCGGCGCCACCUGCAGUUCGUGGAAGAGGAGGCUGAGCUGCUGCGGCGCUCUUCCGCUGAGCUGGAGGACCAGAACAAGUUGCUGCUGAAUGAGCUGGCCAAAUACCGCUCGGAGCACGAGCUGGAUGUGACUCUGUCAGAGGACAGCUGCUCGGUGCUCAGCGAGCCCUCGCAGGAGGAGCUCGCGGCCGCCAAACUGCAGAUCGGCGAGCUCAGCGGCAAGGUCAAGAAGCUGCAGUAUGAGAACCGCGUGCUCCUCUCCAACCUGCAGCGCUGCGACCUGGCCUCUUGCCAGAGCACGCGCCCCAUGCUGGAGACGGACGCCGAGGCUGGGGACUCUGCACAGUGUGUGCCCGCUCCUCUGGGCGAGGCGCUGGAGCCCCACACUGCCCGGCUCUGCAGGGCCCGUGAGGCCGAGGCGCUGCCCGGGCUGCGGGAGCAGGCCGCCCUGGUCAGCAAGGCCAUCGACGUCCUGGUGGCUGAUGCCAAUGGCUUCUCGGUUGGCCUCCGGCUGUGCCUGGACAAUGAGUGUGCAGACUUGCGGUUGCACGAGGCACCUGAUAACAGUGAGGGACCCAGGGAUGCCAAGCUCAUCCAUGCCAUCCUGGUGCGCCUGAGCGUGCUGCAGCAGGAACUGAACACUUUCACACGCAAGGUGGAUGUGGCCUUGGGUAGCUCUGGCAAGGAGCCACCUGAGCCCUUCCCUCCGCUACCCGCCUUGGGCUCCCAGGGGUCCUCUAAGGAGAUCAUGCUGGCCAAAGACCUUGGCUCUGACUUCCAGCCAUCUGACUUCAGAGAUCUGCUGGAAUGGGAGCCUAGGAUCCGAGAGGCCUUCCGUGCUGGUGACUUGGACUCCAAGCCUGACCCUAGUCGGAACUUCAGGCCUUAUCGAGCUGAAGAUAAUGAUUCCUAUGCCUCUGAGAUCAAAGAGCUUCAGCUGGUUCUGGCCGAGGCCCACGACAGCCUCCGGGGCUUGCAAGAGCAGCUGUCCCAGGAGCGGCAGCUCCGGAAGGAGGAGGCAGACAGCUUCAACCAGAAAGUGGUCCAGCUAAAAGAAGACCAGCAGAGGGCGCUGCUGAGGCGGGAGUUCGAGCUGCAGAGUCUGAGCCUCCAAAGGAGGCUGGAGCAGAAAUUCUGGAGCCAGGAGAAGAACAUCCUGGUGCAGGAGUCCCAGCAGUUCAAGCACAACUUCCUGCUGCUCUUCAUGAAGCUCAGGUGGUUCCUGAAGCGCUGGCGGCAGGGCAAGGUCCUGCCCCAUGAGGAGGAUGAUUUCCUGGAGGUAAACAGCAUGAAGGAACUGUACCUGCUCAUGGAGGAAGAAGAGAUGAACGCCCAACACUCGGAUAACAAGGCCUGCACAGGGGACAGCUGGACCCAGAACACGCCUAAUGAGUACGUCAAGACCCUGGCCGACAUGAAGGUCACGCUGAAGGAGCUGUGUUGGCUCCUGCGGGACGAACGUCGCGGUCUGACUGAGCUUCAGCAGCAGUUUGCGAAGGCUAAGGCCGCGUGGGAGACGGAGCGGGCAGAGCUCAAGGGCCACGCCUCACAAAUGGAGCUGAAGGCUGGGAAGGGUGCCAGCGAGAGGCCCGGGCCCGACUGGAAGGCUGCGCUGCAGCGGGAGCGGGAAGAACAGCAACACCUCCUGGCUGAGUCCUACAGCGCCGUCAUGGAGCUGACGCGGCAGCUGCAGAUCAGCGAGCGCCACUGGAGCCAGGAGAAGCUGCAGCUGGUGGAGCGGCUGCAGGGCGAGAAGCAGCAGGUGGAGCAGCAGGUGAAGGAGCUGCAGAACCGCCUCAGUCAGCUACAGAAGGCUGCUGAACCCUGGGUCCUGAAGCACUCAGACCUGGAAAAGCAGGACAACAACUGGAAAGAGACACGAAGUGAGAAGAUCCACGACAAGGAGGGUGUUUCUGAAGCUGAACUUGGGGGAACCGGCUUAAAGAGGACCAAAUCAGUUUCCUCCAUGUCUGAGUUUGAAAGUCUGCUUGACUGCUCCCCCUACCUUGCUGGUGGAGAUGCCCGGAACAAGAAGCUGCCCAACAACCCUGCUUUUGCCUUUGUGAGUACUGAGCCGGGGGAGCCUGAGAAAGAGGCCAAGGAAAAGCCUGGGCUUUCCACCCGGGACUGCGGCCGCAUGGGUACCCUGGCUUGCCAGGAGCCUGCAGGAAGGCAGAUGCAGCGCAGCUACACGGCUCCAGACAAGACGGGCAUACGAGUCUACUACAGUCCCCCGGUGGCCCGGCGCCUGGGUGUCCCUGUGGUCCAUGACAAGGAGGGCAAGAUCCUCAUUGAACCAGGCUUCCUCUUCACCACAGCCAAGCCCAAGGAGUCAGCCGAGGCAGAUGGGCUGGCUGAGAGCUCCUAUAGCCGGUGGCUUUGCAACUUCUCCCGGCAGCGACUGGAUGGAGGAUCCGGGGGCAACACCUCGGGUUCCGGAUCUGCUUUCCCUGCAGCCUUGCAUGACUUUGAGAUGUCCGGCAACAUGAGCGAUGACAUGAAGGAGAUCACCAACUGUGUGCGGCAGGCCAUGCGCUCUGGCUCCCUGGAGAGGAAGGUGAAGAGCACAUCCAGCCAGACGGUGGGCCUGGCCAGUGUGGGCACGCAGACCAUUCGGACGGUCAGUGUGGGCCUGCAGACUGAUCCACCCCGCAGCAGCCUCCAUAGCAAGAGCUGGUCACCCCGCAGCUCCUCGCUCAUGUCUGUACGCAGCAAGCAGAUCUCCUCUUCCCUGGACAAGGUCCAUUCGCGCAUUGAGCGGCCAUGCUGCUCGCCUAAGUAUGGCUCCCCCAAGCUCCAGAGGCGAUCAGUGUCCAAGCUGGACAGCACCAAGGACCGCAGCUUGUGGAACCUGCACCAAGGCAAGCAGAAUGGCUCGGCCUGGGCCCGCUCCACCACCACACGGGAUAGCCCCGUGCUGAGGAACAUCAACGAUGGGCUGUCCAGCCUCUUCAGCGUGGUGGAGCACUCAGGGAGCACAGAAUCUGUCUGGAAACUGGGCAUGUCUGAGGCCCGAACCAAGCCCGAGCCUCCCAAGUAUGGCAUUGUGCAGGAGUUCUUCCGGAAUGUGUGUGGCCGGGCACCGAGCCCCACUACUGCAGCGGGAGAGGAGGGUUCCAAGAAACCCGAGCCUCUUUCCCCUGCCAGCUACCACCAACCUGAGGGUGUAGCCAGGAUUCUGAAUAAGAAGGCAGCCAAGACAGGCGGUAGUGAAGAGGUCAGACCCACCAUGCUCUCCCAGGUGGGGAAGGAUGGUGUCCUUCGGGAUGGAGAUGGCACCUUGAUCCUCUCCAGUGAGGAUGCUGUUUGUGACUGUAGUGCCCAGUCGCUCGCCUCCUGCUUCGUCCGGCCAUCCCGCAACACCAUCCGACACUCUCCUUCCAAGUGCAGACUGCACCCUUCAGAGUCGGGCUGGGGCGGGGAGGAGAGGGCAGCCCCACAGUGAGUCCCAGGGCAGCCAAGCUCCCGCCUCAAGCAGCCCAGACCCUGGAGAUGAGACAAGGGGUCACGUCCUCAGCCUCGCUCUGCCCAGGAGGAACAGCAGCUGUACCACUGCCAGAGAAGAGCUUUUCAAGGUAAAGCAGGGUGUCCCGCUGACUGCUGGGAGGUGACCUCUGAUUUCCAGGGGAAGGCAGUGAGCAGGAGAAAGACCAAAUCUGGGUAAUCAGGACUCUGAGCCUCAAAUGCACCUGAAGAGCUCCACAAGUCAUCUCUGGAUCCUAAAGGGGGCCUGGUACCACCCACACCGCUUCUUAGAAGGAUCUAGAAAAGGAGGGAUUUCUGGUCAGGCUCCAGGAAUGGGGCUCACAGAGAUGGGCCCUACCUAACCACAUGCGGAGAAGCCACCGAGAAGACUGGUUUUUGCUUCGGGCCCAGCUUGCCGCUCCUGAAGAGUGGGUGGGCUGGGCGGUGUCACCGUCACUUCUUGCCUCCUCCUCCUAGCUCUGCUGAUCCGGUUGGUAGGCCUUCUUGGAGCAGGGAAGGGGGAUAUGAUAGAGCAGAAGCCAGGGCCAAGUACACUUGGGAUCCUGGAGCCCUGGAUCCCCCUCCUGUACCCACAUGUAACAAGAACUGGGAGGCAGCUAGGAGUGUGUAAGGUUCAUAAUUGGAGGCCAGAAGAGCUGGCUCCCUUGUCAAGGUGACUUGAAAGCCCGACUUUCAUAGGAGACUCCGUGAGAACAGAAAUGGGUAGGGUCCAUCUCGACACCUGACGCAGAGGUAAAAGCCUACAUGCCAUGCCUUGAUCCCGAGGGCCUCUUUCUUGGUAGCAGGAAUGGGUGCCACAAUCCUGCAGCAAGUAGGGGCAGAAAUGCUCCCUGGGAGAGACUCUGUUGGUCAGGCCAGGCCAGAGAAAAGCGCCAAAAGGCUAGUGUCCCAGGACGCAGCCCAAGACAAGGGCCUACAAACAGUUCUUGCCUAGAUUGUUUAUUUGAAUUUUUCAUACUAUAAAUAUUUAAGGUGAUUUACUUUAUUUUAAUAAUUUAACUUACCAGCCCCCCGAAGCCCUUAAGGUAAUUUAUUAGAGGUUUUCUUGCCGCUGGGACAAUGUGGGGCUUGUGACACCAUGGAGUCCCCCACGUAGCUGAGGCAACUCAGCACCAGGCUCAGAUGGCCUGGUUUCGUCAGAAGGGCCCUUGGCAGAGCUGGGGCUCAGCACCUUGGUACCCCAGUGCCACUGGCCAUUUAGUCUCAGAUCACGACAUUUUACUCAUCGCCUGGUACUUGGCCUGGCCUCUACAGGCCAGACUGUAAAUACUUCAGACACAGUGUAGGCCAGAAUGAUGUCAUCACUCCCCAGACAUCCUCCGUGAUCCUUCUGACCCCUCCCGUUCCUCCAACACCUUUUCUCCCGAGUCAAACAUAGAUGACCGUAGCUGCAGCUCUGCUGUGAGCACAGCGACCCUCCACGUUCCCCAUGUGAGACAUCACAGGACAACGGGAUGGACUUGUAGAAUGUUGUCUACCGCAGCUUUGCACAUGGAUCUGAGAGUGUCUACCAGCCCUUCUCUUAGCCUUAUAGCCACUCACGGCUCCUCUUCUAGCCCCAGCUCUACUGCCUGCCUGCCCUUCCUGCACCCCUAGGAGUCGCCUGAGCCACACCAGUGUAACUCAAACCACAGUAUCGGGAGCUCACAUGCCUCCCCUUGGUGCCAAUGAACCAAUUUCACUUGUGCACGGGAUGUGCUGCCCUCCUGUUCCUGGCUGGGGAUCUGGACUCAUCUAAGGAUGGAUUGGUGUCGUGCCGAGUUCCCCAUCGGAAAGGCAGAGGGCCAGCUGCACAGCGGGUUUCCUCCAGACUAGGGAGAUGCCUCUGCACUCCCACCUACCAGUUUCCAGGCUACCUUUUUGGGGACACCUGGAACAGUUACCCAAAGCCCCACGACCCCAUUCCCUAUGGGCAGUAUACCAGGGUCAGUCCAUCCCACCAGCUGUUGCCUCGUGUCCUAGUGACUUGCAUGGGCAGAGUCAGCAGGCCAGUGGACCUUGGGCCAGGUCCCUCCAGGAUGCUACUGCUCUCCUCCAAGAGGUCAGAGGCCCCUCUAAGGUUACCUCCAGCUGAGGGGACCACACCAGGCCACAAGCCACCAGAGGCCUUCUGCCACCUCCCAGAGCUGCUGAGAGCCAGGGAGGCUUGAAGAAAAGUCCCCAUAGACCUGAACCCCAGGGCUUAGGGGCCACUCAGCCUUACCAUCGUCUCCCAUCUGGGUCGUUUUGCGUUUCCGCUGUCUCAGCACCUGGCCCCCUGUGGCCCCCAGCAGGUGUUGCAAGCUCCAAGUCUUGGUUUUCAGUCCCUGUUUCUAACUCUUGCUUGCUACUGUGCAAGGCCCUUGUCACUGUCCCCAUAGAAGCCCCUGGACAUAGGGCUUGAUGGGGUUGAACAUGUUACAUGUAAAUAUUGGUUUGAUUUGAUCUUUAGCAUUUUACUUGGUAACUGGUUCUGUUUUCUUUUGGGGGGGGUGGAAGGGUUGGUAUGUAAAUCUCUCUACUCUUUCGAAAUGUAAUUUCUAAGUUUGUUUGUUUCUUCAAAUGCCUUUUAUGUCUUGGUAACAUUCCCAAAGCAGAAAACUGCCUGGCCCACAUGGGGCACUCCCCCGGAGGCCUGGGGUCCUGGGAAGGAGCACCGCCCUUCCUCCCAAUCCAUCCUCUUUCUGUCCACCUCCGCCUUUCUCCUCCUUUUCCUUCAGCCCUCUACCUCCUUUUCCCCCAUCUCUCUUUCUCUCUUAGCCAAUGUCCCAAGGAACCCUGGGGUCCCCCUCCUCUAAUAGAUUGCCUGGCUUGAGCCCAUAGGGUUGACACAAAUUGGCGGGCGGCAUGAGGGUGAGUUACAUGAUUGAAACUAAACUAGGUCUCACCUUUUCCCAGGGCUAAACCAAACUAGACCAUCUUGGAGGCAAUGGUGAGGGUUUUGAAAUGAAAUUCAGAGCCCUUGGGACCCCUGACUGAACAAGGCAUCAGAAUCCAUUCCCUUUGCUCUGUGGUCUUCCUCCUAGUCCUUAUCCAACCAAGGCCUGUUCUCAAAUCGGGCCCUGUCUCUUGGCCUCUCCAGGGAUAUUCAUCACCAGCUGGCCUCCAGGUGACAAGAAUAAGUACUCCAAAGACUUGGCCUUCUGGAUACCACUGUGCCACUCUAUGAACCUUUCAUGGAUAUAUCCAUCACUCAGCUCACUCAGCUUUGUCUUUUGCCCCAAGACCACCAGGCUCUUCCUCUUCCCAGACCCACCCAGAAUGGAUCCAGUUCCAGACUUAACUGUUCACUAGCUCCCUGUUGUAGUAACAGCCAUCCCUCACACCAUCCUCCCUAGAGUACUUAACUGUUUAGAAGUCACAUCCUCAAACCCCUCUCCUCAGGUCUCUCAAGGGCAACUCUUAAGAGGCGGUUUUGACAAAGCAGGGAUUAAUGCUCCUUCUGCCAAUGAGAAAACAGAUAAAGUUCUCAUACCGGAGCCUGGAGCCAGGAAGUCAUCACUUUUACAGCUGGACUCUUUCUGUACAAACUCACUGGGAUGCUGCUAGAUUCAGGGCAUCCCAAAUUUGCCACUGCCAAACCCAGAGGCAAGACUUUCAACUCUCUAGACCUUUGUGUUCCAGAGGGUAUCCCAGGGACCUGCUACAUCUGAACCUCUGAGAGCGUGCUCAAAGUGCAGAUUCCUAGGCCGUACCAUAACCGUCUGCACAGAGGACCUUCAGGUUUAGCUCUCUGGGAGAUCCUUAAGUACCAGUGACCACAGCGUUUACAUCCACAGGUCCAGUCAUUCGUAGCUCUUGCAUUGUGAGCCAGUGCUCGUGGUGUGGGUUCUUGACAAGAGCCCUGAGCAUUAAACUGGGAUAUUGAGGAUGUGUGGGGGGGUGGGGUGGGGGGGGAGGGUCCUCAACCAAACUCUACUUUGAGGAAAUUACCCCAAGGAUUUCCAAAGGGCACCCAGACCAGUGUUCCACCUUAGUCAGAUGUUUCAUAAAAUAGCAAAGCCAGAAAGUUGAGGCUGACGGCACAGCCCUUUAAUCCCAGCUACUCAGGAGGCUGAAACAGGAGGGUCAAGUUCAAAGCCUGUUUGGGCUAUAGUUCAUGGUUGGUCUGGGCAGUUUUCUGAGGCCUUGUCUCAAAAUAAGGAUUUUAGAAAGUGCUAUGUAGCUCAGUGGUAGACACUUACUUCACAUGUGUGAGGCCCUGGGUUCUUUCCCUAGCAUUAGAAAACUAGAAAAUCAAAGGGUGAGUAGGACUAGAGACAUAUAUCUCAGUAGGAGAGCACUUGCCCAGCGUAUGAAAAAGGGAAAAACAAUCUUUCCCCAGCCUACCUGCUAUCAUCCCCGUGAUUACAUGAUUUAAAUUGUACUCUCCCCCCCCGUCUGUUUUUGUUUUUAGACAGGACUGUGCUAUGUAUCCCUGGCAAAUCUGGAAAUUGCUAUGUAGACCUUAAACUUGUGGUAAUUCUCCUGCCUCUGCCUCCCCAAGUUUAAUUAAUUAAUAAUUAAUAGCCGUGUACCACCAUACACAGCCUGAAACUUCAUUCUUGAGUUUCCUGGCAGCCACGGUAAGAGAAGAAGCAUGUCAGGUUUUUAUCGUUUCCGGCAGUCAGGCAUGUGAGCGAUGAGCAUUUUUGCUCUGAGAGACAAGCUAAUGUGGAGCAUGAGUUCUUUCCUCGAAGACUGAGGAGCUGGUUGGUGUUUUACCAAUAAAGCAUGUUUUCCAGGUGACAUUUAUAAAAUAAUAAACUGCCACCAGCUUGAAUGACCUUGGCCAAAUCACAUAGCCAGUCCGUGCUUCAGUUUCCCCAGCGAUAAAGCGGUGGCUAUGGUAAUGACCAGAUGCACCAUGCCUGCUCAUCUCCCAAGAAAAGCUGAAGUUCUAUACCAAUCUGAAUUACAUCUGACCGCACUCGGUAUAGCCAUCGAGCUCCUCAGUGCCCUGGCUCCAGUGGUGUGUGUGUGUGUGUGUGUGUGUGUGCUGGGAAUGAGACUGAGCAUAUGAGACAAGCACUUUACCACUGAGCUACAUCUUCAACACCUAAGAGGCUUUUAGAAAAUUAAUUUAUUUCGAUACAGGGUCUCCUCUGUCAUCAGCUGGCCUCCAACUCACUGUGUAACCAAGGAUGAACUUGAACUCCUGAUCUUCCUGUCUCUCUCUCUCCACCGGCAUUUGCCACAACCCCUGUCUUUUGUGAACAUUCACAAUAUUGUGUCACCAGUACUAUUCCCAGAACUUUUUCUUGGCCCCAGACUGAAACUGCACCCCCUCAUAAUAGUUAAUAACUGACCCCUAAACAAUAAUUCCUGCCCCUGCCCCAGGGCUGAAUGACCUCUGCUCUACUUCCUUCCUUUUUGCACUGGCCUCUUUUAGGUACUUGUGUAGACAGAAUCCAACAUUUAUCCAUCGUGUUUCACCCCUUCGUGGUUUACGCGUUGAGAAAGGAGUGGCUUGCCCAAGGCCUCACAGCAAGGCAGAGGCGUAGCUACCAGCACAUCCAGGGCUCCUGACUCCCGGAAGAUUCCAGACAUAGUGCAUGAAGCAUGCUCUGGGGGCUUGGCUGAAUCCCCAUCUUCCUACCUCACACCCCUCCUCCUCCCUCAUCAUCCAGAGCUCCCCUCGUAGCUUCCACUUCUUAGCUGGUUUCUGCCACCUGGUGAAGCAAUCCUAACCUAGAACCAGGUUUUCUUCUCUGGGACCCUGGGAUUUCUGUAGCACCAGCCCUCAGCCCUCCUGUAUCCUCUGGUACACUCUUCCCUCUUUUGUAUGGACUUUUGUCUGACCUUGACAAUCCCCUCCCUGUCCCUACACACUCACAUCCUCACCCCAUCAGGGGAUUGCCAUGUCCAGUUUUGUUUUGUUUUUUUUCCAAUUCCAAGGUUUUCUCUCAGAUCCGGAAUUAUCCAGUCUUGUGUUUAUUUUGUAUUUUUUCUCACUAGAAGCAUCCCCUUUGUUCUGGGCAUCAUGCAAUGCCACCUCUUCCAGCCCUUCUCAUCAGACUCAUACCAGCCCAGAACACCCCCAGUCCCACCCCACUCUCUGGCUUCUGUCUUCCCUGCUCCUCCCAGUAGCAACCAUGUCACCUUCCUCUGGGAAGAUGCGCAGUGCACACGGACCCAGUGUUCACCUUUGGGUCUUCUCUUCCCCUCCCUACUCUGGGUGGCCUUGGUAUAAAGCAGAAGUUUGACUUCUCUUUCUUUGGUUUUGUGUCCCUCUGUCCAUCCUGUCUGUUCUCCCCUAGCCUUCACCUCCUCCAGAUCAGCUCCUCAGGUGACAGAACCUCACUCACCCUCUUGAACCAACAGCAUUUGCAGUUUGCAGAACCACAGAGCCAUGAAAGGGGACUGAGGGCAUGAUCCUGGGCCACAGUCCCUGCUCAGGGCUCCUCUACUGCCCGACCCCUUUCCUUCCUCACCUUCCUGGGACCCUUCUCUUCCCUUUGUCUACCCCAUUGAUUCUGUGCCCGGCCCCCUUCUCCUACCCUUCACCAGCUCCCUGGACCUAAGGGAAGAGUCUUUGGUUUCCUCUGAAAAUCCUAGAAGGAUUGAGGCAGUCAGAGUCUGGAUUACUUGUCACACCACAUCCAAAGCCACCGUUGCCACUUCUGUCAAGAGAGACCUCAGUUGGCAGUCUGGAAACCUAUCCCAAGUUUGAGCCUCCCAGUUUUAUGAGCCUCCCAGUUUUAUGGUCCUCCCGGGAGCACCAGGAUGACCCUAUGGGCUUCAAACAUCCUUUGCAUUUGGGGUCCUGCAGCCUCCCCUGGAUCCUCUGGGCCCUGGCACCCUGGCUCUUCUCUUGGCUCUGCCAUUGAUCUCUCUCUGUGCCUUGUUUUACCUCUCUGCACAGGGGGGCUCACCCACAACAACAUCAUUCCUAGCAUCUGUCUAGAUCUUUUGGACCUCUACAACUGGGCCUUGCCAACAUGGCUUGCCUUAGGAGUACCAGGUUGCCAAGGCAACUGGGGGCAUCACUGGAGACUAGUGUCUCUCAAACUCUCUCCAGCAGUAGAGCCCUCGCCAGCAAGGUUGAGAGAAGUGCAGAUUGUUGGCCCCACCCAAGACCCACUGAAGCAAGUCCAGCCAGUUGGGGUUUGAAAGAGCCUCCAGGUCAUUCCUAUGUAGACAAGUUUGCCACCAUCAACAAGGUUGUUGUCCCAGACAGCUGUCCAUUCAGCGUGGGCAGUAACUGGGCCUGGCCUGGGCCAAGAACAAUGGAAAACAACCAGUCAACCAGACCCUCGAUUCAGGGUCUCUGCCCACACCCCCACCCCCACCCUAACAAAACAUCACUGUAGCAUCUCCUACUUUUGGAAGCUGGGAUGGGGAGACAGCCCUGCAGCUUUCCUAUUACCUCCCUGGUUCCAUUUCAGCCCAGCUCACCAUCCCCCACUAAUUUGGAUUUUGAGGAACUGUGCAUAGGAGGUCACAGCAGGCAAAGGGGAGAGUCCCCAGAGGCAGGAGGCAAAAAGGACCCUUUUUUGUUUUUCCACUGGAAUCCUCACCAUUGCCAGAGGGCCUCUGUCCAAAGGGAAGGAACCUGCUGCAGGAAGAGACUCCCCAGCCCCUCACCGUCAGCACUCCCACACCAUGUCCUUAUCCUCCCAAUCCCAGGGAGACCUGAAGACAGUGCCAAAACCCAGCUCCAGACCCCAGCGCCUGGGAAAGAGCUAGAAACUGCCUCUCCUCCUCGUCCUGGCUCCCCUCCCCGAUCUGGCCAAUACUGUGAAGGCCCUUCCUGCUCAUCCCGGUUUCCUGGGGAGGGUCCUGCAGUCGUGGGCCCUGGGGGACCCCUCAGGAGGGAAGGGACCAAGGGCAUCCUUGGGCCAACUAUCCACCUCUCCCUUCCACUAUUCUCCCCUCCUCCUCCUUCUCUUCUCUCCCUCCUUCCAUUACCCCCAUCCCCCUUUCUGUCUUUAAAGGCUCCUUCCUGGGAUGGAUUGGGUGACAGAGAACAGCAGUCUAGUCCACCAGCUCUCCUCGCCCUGUGUCUUAUUUCAGACAUGAGAACUGUACAGUGUAAACUUACAAAGUGUUUUUAAUGGUUGUAGAUUGGAAAUAAAGUAUGUCAUAUAAACAUUU